AUGAAGAUAUUAUACUUGUUCUUUAUUAUAACUCAAUUGGUUAGCAGCGUUUAUGCUGUUGAUAAAACAGAGCCUGAGUACCCUCAAUCAUUGUUAUCCUUUAAUUCUCCAUUACGCGAAGUAUCACUAAGAUGGGAGUAUGCACAAUUUGGAAAAACAUUUAACAGAAAUACUGGAUUUAUCACAUCAAUUGAACAAGAAAAAUUGUUAUAUUCUAAAAAUGGCUCACAGGUAGAAUAUAAUAAAUUGAAAGAAAAGUUAAACAGUGGAAUAUUGCCUGAAUUUUUGCCCACAUCAAAAAUUGUACCAUUCAUAUUAAAAGCUGAUGGUACUCGUUUAAUAGAAACCGUUAAGGAAGUCCCAGAAAUAAAUACUAUUGAAGAAUUAAGAGACUUUUUGUUAAAGAAUAAUAUUGAUCGUUCAAACUAUAAAACAAUCUCAAAUGGAUUUAAUUUAGAUUUUCUUAAAAAUAAAAACCAGUUCAAAAAAAAUAUGUUUAACUAUGAAUGUAUUCAUUAUAACACAAGUACAGUUAAUGAAAAAUUAUUUGGAAAUUAUAUUAAUAGUAUAAAUACAAAUACAAAUUUAAAUGUUAAUGAAUGUAAUUAUGAAUGGAUAAAAUCAUGUAAAGAUGCUUAUGAAUUGGUUAAAAUAGUAAACCACAUUGGUACAUUAUCUAAGGAAGAAUCGGAAUCGAUACGAUUAAGGGCUAUAGAGAUUAUUUCUACUGAUAUGAAACAAAAUUCAAUACUUUUAAUAACAUUGACACAAUUUGGAAUUGAUGCAAAACCAUUUGUAGAAAAGUUGAGUGAUAUUGAAAUAACAAACAAUGAACACAUAGUACUAAGAGCAUUAUCAGAGUCAAAACUAAAACCAGAAGAAUAUUGUAAUAAGUUGAAGGAGAAGCUAAACAUAAUUUAUUAUAAUUAUUUUAAACUAUUUAAUGAUAAUAAUUCUAUUGUGGAUGUUAAUGGAGAUAAAUUUGGUGCUGAUCAUAAAGUAAAAUUUAUGGAAAAAUACAACUACAUAUGUUCAUAUUGUAAGUUCAUUUCAAAAAAUGUAUUAAACAACAUUGGCCACAUUAAUGUAGUUGAAUCAUAUAUCAACAGGUUUAAAGAUAAUGAAGGCAAUGAGUUAAAUUACUAUACGGUGCAACAAUUGGUGGAUAUUUGUUACCAUUUAGCACUAGUAAAUAGCGAUACUUGUAAGAUAUUGAUUGAUAAAUUACAUAAAAUGAACUUUUAUAAAAAGGUUCACUAUUCUGAAUUGAUACAAAUGUUUACAAAGGUAGCUCAUUUUGAUGAAAAAAACAGGUUUGAAAAUGUUGAGAGGCUAUUAUUGGAGAAUUACAAAAAUGAGUCAUUUACACUUGGAAUAGAUGACUGUGUUAACAUAUUGAUAGCAAUUGGAAGAUCUAGGAAGUGUGGAGUAAUUCUGAUUGACAGAGUUGUUGAUGAUAUAAAGAACUAUACAAAUGAGUUGGAAUUGUACCACAUUAGUAAAAUCCUCAUAAACCUAUCCAAGGUAAACUACAACAACAGAGGAUUUAUAAGACAAAUGGUUAACAUGAUUUUAACUUUCGUUGAUGAAGAUAGUAUAGUGGACCCAUUCACAAUUUCUAACACACUUAAAAGUUUAGGACGGUUUAACUACUACAACGAAAAGCUUAUUAAGAUAUUACUUACCAUUAUGGAGAAGGAGGAAGUACUAGCAGAGUUUAAACUACACGACAUUGUAACAAUAUUCUCAUCUAUUUGUAAAAUUGUAUCAUCGAAUUUUGUAAACAACUCAAAGAUAAAUAUAAAUAGAUACUUGAGGAUACUAGCCAAUAAAAUAUGCACUAGCGAUAUAAACACAGAAACAUCAAUAAAAUUAAUUAAUGCUAGUGGUAGAAUACUAUACAAUAACGAAAGGUUUCUAAACACAAUUAUUGAAUCAAUUAACCUAAAUGAAAAAUUAAAAAUCAAUUGCGAUAAGUUAAGUUUAUUCUACCCAGAGCUGUCUAGGAGAAUAGAGGAAUUAGAAAGAAGAUUAAGACCAGUGUCUGAUGAAGCUGUACAAUCAUGUGACAAAUCAGAAGAAAAUUCCAUAUCAGUUUAUGUGAGAAGGAAUAUAAUGUACAGGGACUUGAAACUCCCGAGCGUUCGAAAAAGAAAAUGGACCUACUAG